AUGUCAACUAAACUGUUUGAUAAAGCUUGUGCUAGUAAUAUACCCAAAAUAAAUAUAUACAUGGUUAAUGAUUAUAUAAAAAACAGUGAUUGUUUUAAUGAUCCUGAGCUUAGAGGAUCAAAAGCCCAAAGAUCAACACGAGAAAGCUAUGGUGAUUCAGCUAUUGGAUAUGUCAAACUAUUGCGCCAAGGAAAUAUUUGUUUAGUUAAAGGUCAAAUAUGUCCAGAACAUAGAGUAAGACAGAAAAACUAUAAAGUAGCUUUAACUGUGGAUGAAGAGGAAGAGAAAAUUGUGGAUGUUAAUUGUGAUGACUGUGCAGCUUCAUUAGGUGGAUGUAAACAUAGCUUAGCAUUUCUUAUGUAUUUACAUAGAAAAAGUGAAGAGUCAUCAGUAACGUCAGUUGAUUGUUAUUGGAAAAAACCAAAGCUAUCUGGUAUAGGAACAAGUAUUAAGUUUAUGAACACUAAAGACCUAUUUCCACCAAAAAAUAAAAUAGAAAGAGGAACACAAGAUCAAUCCAACAAUAAUAGUUGGUUUGAAAUGCGAUAUGGACGGAUUACUGCAUCCAAGGUAUAUGAAGCAUCUAAAUGUAGUACAACAGAUGGUACUCUGGUUAAACAAAUUUUGGGGAUCUCAAAGAUAAAAUUAUCUAAAGCAAUGAACAGAGGAAUACAUUUGGAAGAACAGGUUAUAAAACAAGUAAAAAUACUUGUAGGUUAUAAAAUUAAAAAAACUGGAUUACUAAUUGAUAAAAACUAUCCAAUAUUAGGAGCAUCAGCUGAUGGUCUAGGAGAAGACUUUGUUUUAGAAGUAAAAUGUCCUACAACUCAUUCUACAUUAUUAAAUUAUGUAGAUAAUGGAGUUGUAAAGCCAAAGGUACUAUCUCAAAUACAAAUUCAAAUGCAUAUACAUGAGGUGUGGAAAGGAAUACUAGCUAUUGCUGACCCUGAAUUUGAAAAGAAUAAAAAAGUUACCAUUAUAAAUAUUGAUUAUGAUAAACAAAUGUGUGAUACUUUAAUUGAAAAAUGUUGUACAUUUUGGGAAAAAAAUAUUUUUCCAAAAUUAUACUAG